UGUGGAGUGGUAAACUCUGGUCAGCUGCUGUGGUGGAUAUGACAACACACUUUUUGUACAAAUCGCGAUCAAAAGAAGAAGAGAGAGCGCCAGAGCAUUAAUCAGUGAGCAUAAUAUUGAGUAAGCUUUGCGGACGCACUCGUUGGAAACCAGAAAAAAACAAACCACUCGCAUUCGUCGAAAAGAAGCGGUUCGCAACGGACGUGUGUUUCUAAUUUGUGGGUUCCCAUGGCUGCUGUUUCUGCUCAAGCCAGUGGCGCGUUUUUAAUAAUAAAUUUGAAAAAAUAAGCAAAUGUGCUAACAAAUUAAAUACAUUUUUUGAAUAUUGGCAAAUCAAAUUCAAUGUUUGUGAGUGAAACAGCAAAUGCUCAAAUUUUGCCGGCCGCGUUGUCAUUCUCAUCUGUGUCUGUGUGCGUGCGUGCGAGUGUGUUGGAAUUUGUGCGUGAAAAAAUGCACUAAAUUUUUAAAGCCAAAAAGUAACGAAGCAAAACAACAACAACAACAUCAGUAGUGAAACAAUUGUAAUACGGAAUGCUAGACAAAAUGCAAAAUUAAAAGCGCAGCACACUGCGAACAACAACAAUUCAAAUCCGCAUCGGCAAAUAGCAAAAGAAAAGAAAACAAAAAGAAAUAACAGCGACAACAACAACAAUGCAAGCGUGCAAUUUGAAACGUGCGCCGGCAACGCUGCCAACGCCGACGUCGCCGUCGCCGUCGACGCCAGCCUCUAUGCAUGAUGCGGCAAAUAACAAUAAUGGAUCUCCGCCCGAUUUUGAUUUUCAAAUGCCGUGUCGCUAUUUCAAAAGUUCUUUUGCGCGUUCACUUUCCCUGAACAACAACAACAACAGCAACGGUAACGGUACCUUGGCAUUGGCCAAACGAAUCGAGAAACCACAGCAACAACAAAAUGAGGUCAGCCAUUUGGAUGUUAAUGACAACGAGCCUCCAACUUCCUUCUCACCUCCACCACCGGCGCUGCCGGCACGACGUCCCACCACCAAUAGCAGCAGCAACAACAACAACAGCAAUAAUAACAAGAAUGUCGGCUCGGAGCAAAACUUGACACAUUUUAAUCAGCUGUUGCCUCAGCAACAACAACAGCAACAAAUCCUGCUACAACAACAACAACAACAGCAGCAGCUUCAGCAGCAGUUGCAGAGAAAUUCCAACAGCCUGGCCGUCUGGCCAAUCCAGCAGGAUGCCAACGUCAACGGAGGCGCCGCACCCCGUGGCAACAGCAACAACAACAACAACAUCGGCGGCUACGACUUGCCACAACAGCCACCGCCAGCAACACAUGAGCAAACGUUAAAUGUCGAGGCUGUCAUAUUACAGAAUCAGGUGGAUACACUGCAGUGGCAAUUGAAACAGACGGAGACCAAUUGUGAAAUGUAUCGCGCUGUUAUGGAGGAAGUGGCGCGCUUCUUCGAACGCUACCAGCAGCAGCAACAACAACUGCAGAUACGUCAGCAACAACAACAACAACAUCUGCAGCAGCAAAAGCAAAGCAAUCGCCACAGUCUAGGCGGUGGUUCCGAGCAAAUAGCUCGCUCCAAAAGCUUACAUCAUGUGCAUGGCCUGGGCAUGGGAGUGGUGCAGACCGAUCCCAAUGGUGGACUCGACGAUGGGGCACCCCUAGGUAGCUGCACCUCCUCCACCUCGUAUUUGCGGGCACGCAGCAGCACCAACCUAAUGCUGAACAAAUCAUUGCUGACCAUGAACGAGGAACAGAACUACGAGAGCUUAGCUCCAGCGAACUCCUACAAUGCUUUCAAAGAUUUUACCUGGCGCCGUUCUCCUAAGAAGAAUGGUGGUGCGAAGACGCGCAUUUCCGCUCUCGAUGAUGCCGAUGAGAAGCUGAAUCAGGAGGCCUUCCGCUUGGCGCGUACCAUUCGAAAUUUGCUGCACACCUCACAACAACAGCCGGAUCUCACGCAGCCCCGUCACUCGCUCUCGUCGCUCUCCUCGCUGGCCAUGGGAGGUGUUGGUCGUUUGUGCAAAGCCAAUACCAGUUCCGUGCUGACGCUGUUGGCGCCACCAUUGCAUAAUUCCACCGGCAUACAAGCGAUGGCUGGAGAUCAAUUUCCAGGCAUGCAAGUGGGACCCAUGGCCAAGAGUAGUAGUGCGAAUGCCGAGAUGCUCUUUCUGCGGGCCAACAACAUGCGUGACUCACGCCUAUCGUUGCGCAGUUCCACCGACAGCAGCGUGCAUUCCACCAUAUCGUCGACAGCAUCGUCCUCGUCCAAAAUCGAAACGGACGAGGAGACACCAAGGGGUGUGGGAGUGGGCGAUGGAGGGGACGCCAAGCAAGCGAGUACGGUGUCUGGCAGUCCUACCAAUGCUCAUGGCUCAAGCACGGAAGAUGAGAGCGGAUUCAGCUCGAUCAGCUCUUUUCAUGACAUUGGACUGCCCUUGAGCUCUACACUCAUCAGCAGCAACAACAACAACAAUAACAACCGCCGCCUGUCGCUCUCCACGGAGAGUCGGAACUGUACGCUCAAGCCCUCUCUCGCUGCAGCGCAUCCGAACAAUGUUGUGGGCCUGCCCCAUCACAAUCCCACCGCCAGUACGGCCAGCAAUCCAUCUAUCUCGCUCACAUCUUCGCAAUCGCCGUCGAAGACUUAUCGAAAUGCCAAUCGUUAUCAGCGCUUCUCCACCCUAUCCAAUGAGGACGCGGCAGCUGUGUUGUGGGUCUAAGGAGCUAAGGAGGAAGCGAUCUGGCUCAUACACAUGAAGCUCUCAGAAUUUCCAGUGCUUUGUUUUAAGUUUUUCUUUUCGUACAGUUUCGUUAGUGCCUCUCGUUUAGUUUUUUAGAUCGUUCCUUACGUUUAAUGGUAAAUUUUGUUUAAUGUAUUCGAUUCCGUUUUUAAGUUAUACGCACAUGCAUUUACUUUUAAAAUUAAAUUUUAAAAAUUAAAUAUGUAUACGUUAAAUGUUUCGAAUGUAAAAAGGAAAUAGUUAAGUUCUAAAGUAUUUUUAAUUUGCAGAAAUGAAAAUAAAUAUUAUGCAUAUUUUCGUUUAACAACACUAGAACAAAUGACUUUUGAACAUUGAUUUGACAAAGUAGCGGGCCUAUAAG